AUGAAGCUGCUCCUCAUCCUCGCCGCCGCCACGCUCGCCGCGGCGCGGAACUCGAUCACGUACAACGGCGCGACCUACUCGACCAUCCACGACAUCGACCCGCAUUCCUGGUCGCCGAUCUGCGGGAGCUGGUACGCGGCCGUCCCCUCGGGGUGGGCGAUCGCGACCUACUCGUCUGACCUCUACAACAACGUCAUUAACGCGUACCCGUGGAACACGCACGUCAUGGGUGUGCUGUCCGCCUCGGACCCCAGCGUCGGCGAGUACUACGGGACGGCGAACUACCCUACGUUUCUGUUCUCCUCCGGGCCGCUCUCCUACUGGACGGACGGGGCGGGCGGGUACAGGUCGACGGUCUGCAGCGGCCAGAUCCUCAUCGUCAACGGCUACCAAGCGCCGGACCCGACUCCGUAUCCGACUCCGUAUCCGACGCCGCUGCCGACGCCCCUCCCGACGCCGCUCCCGACGCCGCUCCCGACGCCGCUCCCGACGCCCAAUCCGACGCCGCUCCCGACGCCCAAUCCGACGGUCUCGCCGCGGCCGACGCACGUGUCCCACUCGACGCUGGUCGCGCACUACUCCUUCGACGAGGGGACGGCCGCGGGCGACUACGGCGGCCUCGACGGGACGAUUCACGGCGCCACGGCGACGACGGGCCGCGACGGGAGCGGCGCGCUGGCCUUCGACGGCACGAACGACUACGUCGAGUUUCCCUCGGCCGUGACGGCGGACAUCCUCGGGAGCAACUCGCGGACCAUCUGCCUGUGGGCGGUCAUCGACGAGUGGGACGAGGGCGCGCUGUUUUCGCACGGUUCCGGGGCGGAUGGUAUGGAGUUCGGGAUCAUGGCGAAGACGUCGGGAAGCAUCCAGGUCCAGCUCCACGGGGGGAGCUACGACAUGGCCGUGGCGCUCUCCGGGUCCGACGACGGCGACUGGCACCACUACUGCCUCGCCUACGACGGAUCGUGGACGCUCUACUUCGACGGGGCGUCCGCGUACACGUAUAGCGUCGCGCUCGACACGGGCUCGGACUAUGCUCUCACGCUCGGAGACCGGACGGAUCGAAACGGGAACCACUUGCCGACGCCGGGCCCGACGGCGCGGCCGACGGCGGACCCGACGCCGCGGCCGUCCCCGCGGCCGUCGUCCGCCCCGACGCCGAAGCCGACGUCCGUUCCGACGCUCGCGCCGACGCAGACGCUCUUCCUCACCGAGCUGCGACUCAAGGUCGAGAGCGGCGGGCGGCGUCGGCGGAUGCAGGACUCUGCGUGCGAGGAAUUCGAUUCGCUCGGCGUCGACGGCAUCUACGCCACGGUCAUCGCGGACUUCCUGAGCGGGUUCUUGCGCGAGGGCGCGGAAAUGGCCGUCGACAUCGCGUGCGAAGAGGCGGAGGACGCCGCUCGGACCAUCGUGGGGCGCAUGGAGGCGAUCGCGGCGGACGUGACCGGUCUCGUCUUCGGAGACGCGGAGCCCGAGUCGGGGCUCCAGAUGGGCGAGGUCGCGGCCCUCAUGGAGCAGGAAAUCUCGGAGAAGCGCGACGUCUUCGAUCAGGCCCUCGUCGAGGAAGCCGUGCGGCUCGUCGAGGAGGCCGAGGAGGUCGAGGAGGUCGAGCAAGCCGAAGGCGCGACCGAGGAGACCGAGGAGACGCAGAGAUAUUCUGCGGCGGCCGCGUUCUUCGAAGCGCAGGAGACCGUCGUGGUCGAAACGAUCGUCCUGCGGACGCCCGCGCCCUGGCCGUCGCCGACCGCGGGUCCGAGCAACCGGCCGACGCCUCGCCCGACGGCGCGCCCGACGGCCGCCCCGACGCCCUGCGACCCGGCGAAGGCGCCCGAGGCGCCCAAGCUCGCGUCCGCCCGCGUCUCGGACAACGGCGCGGGCGUGAUCUUCGCCUUCGACGUCCCGACGGACCGCUUCGGCAAGGGCGGGUCGAACUUCGACUGCGCGGACCUCGUGACGAUGGACGGCGUCGCGGACUACUGCGCGUUCCGCGAAGCGACGCUGCUCGAGGCCGUGCUCGGCGCGUCGAGCCAGAUCGAGCCCGGGUCGACGGCGACGCUCCUCGCCGGCAAGCUCCGCACCGAGGGCGCCGAGCACUGCUUUCCCGCGUCGGACCAGGCGUCGUCGGCCGUCGUCGAGGGCCCCGCGAACCCGGUCGCGCCGACCGUCGUCUUCGACGCGCCGAAGACCGUCGGCACCUGCGACGAGCUCGUCGUCGACGCGUCGUCGACCCAGGGCAGCGGCGGCAGGCCCUGGAAGAGCGUGACGUGGGAAGCGACGGCCGAAGGCGCGGGCGCCGACGCCGCGGCCCAGGUCGCCGCCGACGCCGCCGCCGCGGCGGAGAACCAGGACACCUACGUCGUCGCGGCCGCGACCCUCGGCGGCGUCCAGCUCCAGAUCUCCGCGACGUUCGUCAGCUACCUCGACACCGCCGGCAGCGCGUCGCACGCCGUGAGCGUCGCGGCCGGCGCGCUCCCGUCCGUCAAGAUCGUCGGCGGCGAGGCCCAGACCGUCCAGCGCUCCGAUGGGCUUCGCGUCCAGGCGCAAGCGUCGGCGGCGACGGCCUGCGGCGACCUCGACACGUCGGCGCUGACCUACGCCUGGGAGCUGACGGCGACGGACCCGGCGGACGCGACGCUCGGGAUCGACGAGUCCCAGGACCCGCGCUACUUCGAGGCGCUGCCCUUCGAGUUGGACGGCGGCGCGACGUACGCGCUGCGCGUCGUCGUCACCGACAGCGCCGGGCUCUCCAACGCCGCGGAGGUGGCCGUCUCCGUCGCGGCGGCGCCUCUCGUCGCGCUCGUCGCGGGCGGUUCGUCCCGCACCGUGUCGGCGACGGACGCGCUCGUGCUCGACGCGUCCGAGUCCUACGACCCCGACGUGAUUCCCGGCGACGAGAGCGACCUCGCCUUCCUGUGGACGUGCGCCGGCGACGGCUGCGGGUCCCUCGAGUCCUGGGACGACGGGGCGUCGACGCUGGCCCUCGUCGCGUCGCCGGGCUCGUACGCGUUCGAGGUGGAGGUGAGCGCCGCCGACGGCCGCUCCGCGCGCGCGAGCCAGAGCGUCGACGUCGUCGCGACGGCCGUGCCGUCGCUGGAGAUCGCGCCCGUCGAGGCGAGCAAGGUGAACCCUUCCACGAGCAUCGUCGUCGAGGCGACCGUGGGGCCGAACGACGCGGCGUGCGUGGCGACGUGGUCGAUCGCGGAGGGCGCGACGGCCAGCGGCCUGGCGCUUCAGGAGCUGGCGCUCGCGGACACGUCGAAGUCGAUCGACGCCGCCGCGUCGGCCCAGGUCCCCUUGGUGAUCGCGCCGGCCGCGUUGACGGCGCGGAGCCGCUACGUCUUCGCGCUCGAGGCGGACUGCGGCGCCGGCGGCGUCGCGGCCGGCACGAUCUCGCUCCUGACGAACGGCGUGCCGACGUCCGGCACCGUCGCGACGACCCCGGACCGCGGCACGUCGCUCGAGACGGCCUUUAGCAUCUCGGCGAAGCUCUGGGUCGACGACGACAUGCCGCUCAAGUACUCGUUCUUCAGCCGCGUGGGCGACGAGGGCGAGGCCGAGACGCAGAUCGUCGGCGGCACCCUCAGCAACUCGUACGGCGGCGCGAUCCUGCCCGCGGGCCGCGAGGCCGCGGGCUUCGCCGUCGCCGUCGUCGCGCACGUCGCGGACGCGUUCGGGGCCGUCGCCGUCGCGACGACGUCCGUCGCCGUCGAGCCGCUCUCCACGGCGAGCACCGCGGAGCUCGCCAACGUCGCCGACGCGCUCUUGUCGAGCGCGCUCGAAACGGGCGACUCGCAGGCCGUGGCCAUGGUGACCGUCGCGGCGUCCGCCGCGCUCGAGGCCGAGGACUGCGGCGUCGACGCGGACGGGUGCCCGGCGACCUGCGGCGCGGCGGCGGACGGGCCCUGCGGGGGACGCGGGACGUGCGUCGACGCCGCGUGCGCGUGCGACGAAGGCUGGAACGGCCCGGCGUGCGGCUCGUCGAGCGCCGACUACGAGGCGGAGCUGGGCCUCCGCGGCGACCUCGUCACCGCGCUCGGGUCGUCGAACGCGAACACGAGCCCGAGCCGCGACGCGUUCAACCAGCAGGCGACGGCCCUCGACUCCGUCGUCGUCGAAGACGUGACGAGCCUCUCGAAGGAGGCGACGGACGCGGCGCUCGGCCUCGCGCUCGACAUCGCGACGGGAUCGAGCGUCCUCGGCGCGCCCCCGGAGACGUCGACGGCCGUCGCGAGCACCUUGAGCGACCUCAUCGGCGUCCUCGCCGGGGACCCGGCGAGCGGCCGCCGGCGCCUCGAAGACGGCCGGUCGUCGGAGGACGACUUCGCGGCGGCCGUCGACGGCCUCGGCGCGUCGCUGAUCGUCGACGUCGUGCCCGACCAGUACGCCGCGUCGACGGUCAGCGCCGGGAUGGCGGUCACGUCGCAGCGGCUCUCGAACGCGUCCGGCGCGUCCCUGGUCGCCGCGGCCGUCGCCCCGGGCGCGGCGACGUCGUCCGCGUCCGUCGGGGCCGCCGCGGGCGGCGACGGCGUCGAGGACGUCGUCUUCGUCGAGUACCAGGAGAACACGCGCCCCAACGCCAACGGGUCCGACGUCGAGAGCACGGUCCUCCGCUUCGGGACCGAGGCGCGGGGCGAGGAGGACGCGACGCUCGCGCGGCGGCGCCUCGGCGCGUCGACGUCCGCGCGCGGCCGGCGGCGCGAGCGGCGGCGGCGCGCGCUCAAGGAGAAAGGGGACGGCGGCGGCGGCAUCGUCGGGACCUGGGUGGCCGGCAAGCCGCUCGCGACGAACUACGAGUUCGUCAUCCAGCGCGUCGCGCCCGCGGCGAACGUCUCCGACGCCGUCGAGAGCCUGACGGUCAACUGCAGCGUCGGCGCGGCGCCGAACGGCACGUGCCCGGGCUACGACGCGCCGGAGAUCCGCGAGCUCGUCUGCGUCAACACGACGAUCGGGUUCGUCGACGUCAACUGCAGCGUCGAGGCCGUGCCGACGUGCCUCCGCUACGCCGAGGACGUCGGCGACUGGGACGUGACGUCGUGCGUCGUCGUCGCGGAGACGGCGACGAACACGACCUGCUCCUGCCGGCAGGCGCCCGCGUCGGACUACGCGUCGGCGACGAGCGGCAACGCGUACCUCAACUACUACAAGCAGGCCUUCUCGAACCCGCUCGCGGGGUCGCUCGUCGACGACGCCUGGCCCCUCAUCUGGCUCAUCGUCGGGCUCGGCUCCGUCUGCUUCGGCGCCGGCAUCGUCGGCGCCGUCCUCGACUGGCGGCAGGCGCGCCGCGACGCCGCGGACGACGGCGGCAAGGCCGCGGACGGCGACGGGCCGCCCAAGGCGGGCCGCGCGCCGGACCGCGCCGCCGCGCUCGCGGCGGCGCUGCCCGAGGGCCUCACGGCGAGCCGGACGGUCUGGAAGAGCCUCGCCGGGCCGUCCGCGCGCGUGUCGACGUACAAGAAGCUCCGCGCCGUGGCCGAGGUCGUCGUCCGCGAGCACGAGUGGUUCGGCGCGCUGCUCCACUACGAGGAGGGCGAGCCGCGGCUCGUGCGCUGCUUCCUCACGUUCGUCGACCUCCUGCUCCUGCUCUUCGGCGCCGCGAUCGUCACGUGGUACUCGUUCCCCGCGGGCCUCUGCGAGGCGGAGAUGACGGAGGCGAGCUGCCUCCGCGUCAAGUCGACGGCGUCCUUCGGCACGGGCGAGCUCUGCAUGUGGAACCCGACCUUCGAGGAGCCGUGCACGAUGGCGCCCCUCGAGGGGUCCGACGAGUUCUACGCGGAGCUCCAGGUCAUGGUCAUCGGCGUCGCGCUCACGCUCCCGUUGAUCCGCCUCGUCGAGGUCAUGAGCGACCGCUACCUCUUCGCGCCCCUGCGCGGCGAGGCGGAGGACGACGGCGACGGCGGGAGCCCCGGCGCCGCGCGGCUGCUCGCGAACCUGGGCCUGGACGCGGAGCUCGCCGCGGGCGCGCGGGACCCGCGGCGCGCGGCCGCGGCGGCCGCGCUCGAGCCGACGAUGCGCGGCGUCCUCGACCGGCGCUACGAGCUCGUCGACGCGCGCGACGCGGCGUCGGACCCGAACGUGGUCGCAGACCUCGACGCGCUGCUGCGCUGCUACGACGCGGCCUGGGGCUGCGACCUCGAGGGCCGCGUCGGGGGCUGCGGCCGCUGCCGCGGCUGGCGGCGGCGCUUCGCGGCGACGGCGUUCCGGCGCCUCGUGGACGCGCUCGAGGCCUUCGACGCCCUCGCGCCGGGCCUCGACGGCGACGCGGCCGAGGCGCUCGCGGCGAAGUGCCAGCUCCAGUACUGGACGGCGCUCCGGCCGGGCACGGAGCGCCGCGUCUUCCUCCGCGGCGUCGACGUCGACGACGGCGGGCCCGCGCCCGUGGGCAGGUGCGCCAAGUGCCUCGCCCUCGGCGCCAUCCUCCUCCUCGUGGGCGGCGCGUUCUACUUCAUGCUCUUCGUCACGCGCGCGCUCGGCAAGGAGGUCAUCCGCGUCUUCGUCGACGCGUCGAUCGUCGCCGUCGUCGCCUGCGCGCUCUUCCUCAUCCCGCUCCGGAUCUGGUUCCAAAGCUACUGGAUGCCCCGGGCCAUCAAGGCGCGCGUGAGCUACGUCGGCGACCCCUUCUCGGUCCCUCGCGUCGCGUUCCGCACGCCGCUGCCCGUCGAGCCCUGCGACCUCGCGCGCCCGGCGCCGGCCGCGGCCGCGGCCGCCGCGGCCGCGGCGCCGCCGCCGGCGGGCGAGUCCCCGCGCGCGGCGAUCGCGCGCGCCGCGCGCGCCGCGGACGGCCUCGCGCGCGCGGCGACGGCGCACCCGGCCGCGCGGCGCGCGGCGAACCGCGCGCACCGCGCGUCGCGCCGCGAGUGGGACGCGAAGCGCGUCGCGCGGUGCGCGGAGUUCUACGCGUGGGAGCCGCCGCGGGCGACGGGCCGGGCCAUCGCCGUCGUCGGCUUCGUCCUCAGCUUCGGCCCCUUCUUCCAGCAGGUGCUCGUCGACGAGACGGGCGGCGUGCUCUUCGGCAUCCUCCAGAUGCUCGGCGAGGAGGGGUCGACGUCCGGCCCCGAGAACCCCUUCUUCUGGGCCUUCGUGCUCUUCAUCGCCGCGCUCGCCUACUGGAAGCGCAAGACGCUCCUCCACGCGCCGGAGGCCGUCCGCAAGGCCUGGCGCAAGGGCGUCAAGGCCCGCGACCGGCGCCGCGAGGCCCGCGGCGGCGGCGGCGGCGGCGACGGCGACGACGACGGCGGCGGCGACUCCGACUCCGACGACGACCGCGAGGAGCGCACCGCCGUCGUCGUGUCCUUCGAGGAGGAGGGCGACAAGCCGGACGCGCGCGGCUUCCUCGAGCGAGCCCUGGCGAAAGACCCGGACGACCGCGCCGCGCGGUCCUUCUUCGACGAGGGCUCGUCGUCGUCGGAGGAGUCGGGCGACGAGCUCGGCGUCAGCCUCACCGCGCGCGGCGCCGAGGAGAUCGCCCUGGACCUCUCCAACGGGGCCGCGCCCUAG